AUGCAAGCUAACAACAACCGUCCAACUUCACUGCCAUGCACUACCAAGUGCAAAGAUUGUACCCUUGUGCAGCCGUACGUUGUCCCAUCUAGCUCGUGGAUAAGACAAACCUUACAGCAAAUACAUGCAAACGACACCUUGAGAGCCGUGAACAAGUGGUUCAGCGAUGAACUUUUCAAUCAGAUGACCGCUGUUAACGAUCAAGUGCAAGCCUAUCAGAAUGGCCUUUUCAACGAGACUCUGUUGAUGAACAACCUUGACAUUGGAAAUGAACUGCAGAAGAUCCGAGGCGGGUCUAUCUUCAACGACAUUAAUAUGCACAUGAAUAUCAAACUUCAGUGUCUGAAUAAAUCUGCCCCAGAAUGCAAAUGGAUAAGUGGUCUGAAGUACUAUGUCUACUCAGCGAUGAAAUAUCACCAAAAUGAAGAAAAUGCCACCCUUUAUCCGAUCACACAUUUUAUUGGCCCUUGCGAAGGACAGCUGUUCUGUGAACUGGAUAUCUUCGGAACAUUCGCAAAUAGAACAAAACCUGAACAGCCGAUGGUUGAGGUGAUUAAAAUUUGCUGGCGCAGUUUGUCCUCAUGA